ACCAUUUGCAUCUUGCCGAAAGCCGGGCCCUCCCCGCUAAUUUGCAUAUCUUAUAUGGCCUAAUGGUGGCGAUCAUGGCAAGUUAGAAGUUUUCUGACUCCUCUCGGAGGAGACUCCGGGACCCCGGGGAGUAACAGGUGUCUGGAGGCUGAAGGGUGGGGGGGUUCCUGGACUUGGGGUUAGCUUGUGAAACUCCCCUCCACCCUCUCUCGCACCCACCCGCCCGCCCCCUCACCCCCUUCUUUCUCUGUCCUUGGAAAAUGGUGUCCAAGCUCACGUCGCUCCAGCAAGAACUCCUGAGCGCCCUGCUGAGCUCCGGGGUCACCAAGGAGGUGUUGAUCCAGGCCUUGGAAGAGUUGCUGCCGUCCCCGAGUUUCGGGGUGAAGCUGGAGACGCUGCCCCUGUCCCCUGGGAGCGGGGCCGAGCCGGACACCAAGCCGGUCUUCCAUACUCUGACGAACGGCCACGCCAAGGGCCGCCUGUCCGGAGACGAGGGCUCCGAAGACGGGGACGACUAUGACACCCCUCCCAUCCUCAAAGAGCUGCAAGCGCUCAACACCGAGGAGGCGGCGGAGCAGCGGGCGGAGGUGGACCGGAUGCUCAGCGAGGACCCGUGGAGAGCUGCCAAAAUGAUCAAGGGCUACAUGCAACAGCAUAAUAUCCCUCAAAGGGAAGUGGUGGAUGUCACUGGCCUGAACCAAUCACACCUCUCCCAGCAUCUCAACAAAGGCACCCCCAUGAAGACCCAGAAGCGCGCCGCCCUGUACACCUGGUACGUCCGAAAGCAGCGGGAGAUCCUCCGACAAUUCAACCAAACAGUCCAGAGUUCUGGAAAUUUGACAGACAAAAGCAGUCAGGAUCAGCUGCUGUUUCUCUUUCCAGAGUUCAGUCAACAGAGCCAGGGGCCUGGGCAGUCCGAUGACGCCUGCUCUGAGCCCACCAACAAGAAGAUGCGUCGCAACCGGUUCAAAUGGGGGCCCGCGUCCCAGCAAAUCUUGUACCAGGCCUACGACCGGCAAAAGAACCCCAGCAAGGAAGAGAGGGAGGCCUUAGUGGAGGAGUGCAACAGGGCAGAAUGUUUGCAGCGAGGCGUCUCCCCCUCCAAAGCCCACGGCCUGGGCUCCAACCUGGUCACUGAGGUCCGCGUCUACAACUGGUUCGCAAACCGCAGGAAGGAGGAGGCGUUCCGCCAGAAGCUGGCCAUGGACGCCUACAGCUCCAGCCAGACGCACGGCCUGAACACCCUGCUCUCCCACGGCUCCCCCCACCACCAAACCAGCACCUCCCCUCCAAACAAGCUGCCAGGAGUGCGCUACAGCCAGCAGGGAAGCAAUGAGGUCACUUCCUCCUCAACAAUCAGUCACCAUGGCAACAGCGCCAUGGUGACUAGCCAGUCGGUUUUACAGCAAGUCUCUCCAGCCAGCCUGGACCCGGGCCACAAUCUCCUCUCACCUGAUGGUAAAAUGAUCUCAGUCUCGGGAGGAGGUUUGCCCCCUGUCAGCACCUUGACGAAUAUCCACAGCCUGUCCCACCACAAUCCCCAGCAAUCUCAAAACCUCAUCAUGACCCCCCUCUCUGGAGUCAUGGCCAUUGCACAAAGCCUCAACUCCUCCCAAGCUCAGAGCGUCCCCGUCAUCAACAGUGUGGCUGGCAGCCUGGCAGCCCUGCAGCCCGUCCAGUUCUCCCAGCAGCUGCACAGCCCUCACCAGCAGCCCCUCAUGCAGCAGAGCCCGGGCAGCCACAUGGCCCAGCAGCCCUUCAUGGCUGCAGUGACCCAGUUGCAGAACUCACACAUGUACACACACAAGCAGGAACCUCCCCAGUAUUCCCACACCUCCCGGUUUCCAUCUGCGAUGGUGGUCACAGAUACCAGCAGCAUCAGUACACUCACCAACAUGUCUUCCAGUAAACAGUGUCCUCUCCAAGCCUGGUGAUGCCCACACAUCACUUACUUUGUGCACAGCAACAAGGACCCUUAUUUUCCACACCAUCACCCUCUGGGCAGCUGUCACGGAGAAGCGCAGUGACCCGACACGCAGCACCUGCGAGAGGUCCCUGCUCACCUGCUGUCCUGCUGGCGCCUCGGACACUCGCUCUGACAGGCGCAGCCCCUUCUAUGCAGUAUUGUCACGAUGCCUCUCCCAAGAAGUCUGGUCUGUCCUAGAGGCAGGGGACAAAGAAGCAGCGGAAGAGGAAGAGAGAAAGCCGUAGCGUCUACAUCACUCUCUCUCAUCGAACAAACUGAAGUGAAAACUUGAAUCUGUUACUGAAAUGAGAAGAGGAGGACACGUGCUAUUGAACUGAGCCAAACACACUGUAAAUAUCAGCCACCUCCCCCUGUCCCACCCCCCAUCCCGGCUGAUCUGGAGAUUUCUUUUAAAGAAGUAAAUUUGUCCAAUGGGUGUAAACUAUAAACUAUUGUAAUUAAGUGCAAUCUCCCCCCUCUACUUCCUCUCCCCUCUGCCCUGUAUAUAAUACUAAAGCAUCUAUCGGUUUUCUUUGUAAAGGUCAGAGUUGAAUUUUCAAAGUGAUUCGCCCCCUCUCUCUUUCCCCCACGGAGAAAUACCUAAGGCAGAAGUGAAGCCCUUGACCCGCUUCCUUGGCCCUGGAUACACACAGAGACUGGUGUAUUUUGGACUGACUGCCAGCUCACUCUGAUCUCCUGAUGUUAAGACACACCCUGGAAGGGCUGAACAGAGAGUCAGAGUAGUGUCUUAGCUUCCGGAAGGGUUGGGGGGCCAGCCAGGACAGCCCCAGGAAACGCCAAGGCAGGGACGCUGGCUGUUUGAUAUAGCACAAGAAAAAGUUGCCCUUUCAGAAAACCUCCCAUUAAAACAAUUUAUUUUACCA